AUGGAAAACAUAUUUGAAGUUCUUAAAACACAAGUAUCACUGGAGAAGACACUUAAUCAGAGGUUGGAUGAGUUUGAAGCGAGACUAGAGUGGUCAUCAAAGGACUUAAGCCUGAAGGACCUAAGUUCUGACUACAUCAACUUCAAGAAUUUUGUCUAUUCAACAUUUACAUUACUGCGGCAGCAAAUUAACCAUCUAAUUGUUAAUGUGGAUGCCAUUGAAAGUAGACACAGAAAGAAGUUUCUGCUGCUGGGAGGAGUGGUCGAGAAUACCAAUGAGAAUGUCCGCGAAUUGGUAGCUUCAGUCAUCACGAAGAAUCUUGGUAUCAAAAAUUGUUCUAGUCAGUCGCUGCAAUCAGACCUGGGCAUAUCGAAUGAGGAGACAGAAUCGGCUGUCAAUGUACCUCGACUACUAGAUGAUGCAGAUGAUAUACCCUCAGAGAUUCCACCAGGUAACCAUAACAGCGAAAGUGACUCAGAUCAAAAUAUGACUUUUACAGAGCUACAGUACAGAAAUCAAGACAACUUACCCCCACCUGCAAACUCCUGCCACCUCGAAAUGCCUAAUAGUCAUCAGGCACAAAAAAGACCAAGAAUCUGGAAAGCUAUUACUUAUACUGAUGUAGAGCAUAAUUUUCCUUCUCAACCUGAACCCUCUGAAAUGCUGCAAUAUUUUUCUAUAUAUUUUAAUGAAGAUUUUGUUCAAAAACAUCGCACACUGCACAAUUUUGUUCUACCUGUGUAA